GAAGAGGCGCAGAACCGCGAGACUCCAAGUCCGCCCAUGAGUAAGAGCAAAUGCUCGGCGGGACUCAUGUCGUCCGUGGUGGCCCCGGCUAAGGAGCCCAACGCCGUGGGCCCGAGGGAGGUGGAGCUCGUGCUGCUGAAGGAGCAGAACGGGGUGCAGCUCACCAACUCCACCCUCGUCAGCCCGCCGCAGAGCCCCGGGGACGCCCAGGAGCGCGAGACCUGGAGCAAGAAGAUCGACUUUCUCCUCUCGGUCAUCGGCUUUGCGGUGGACCUGGCCAACGUCUGGCGGUUCCCCUACCUGUGCUACAAGAAUGGCGGCGGUGCCUUCCUGGUCCCCUACCUGCUCUUCAUGGUCAUUGCUGGGAUGCCGCUUUUCUACAUGGAGCUGGCCCUCGGGCAGUUCAACCGGGAAGGGGCCGCCGGUGUCUGGAAGAUCUGCCCCAUACUGAAAGGCGUGGGCUUCACGGUCAUCCUCAUCUCACUCUACGUCGGCUUCUUCUACAACGUCAUCAUCGCCUGGGCGCUGCACUACUUCUUCUCCUCCUUCACCAUGGAGCUCCCGUGGAUCCACUGCAACAACACCUGGAACAGCCCCAACUGCUCAGACGCCCACUCCGGCAACUCCAGCGACAGCCCAGGCCUCAACGACACCUUCGGGACCACACCCGCUGCCGAGUACUUUGAGUAA